UUUUUCCUUCCCUCCUCCAAGGUUCCAUUCUGUGUUACAACGCUCGGUUGGGUGUUAGCUGGUGGGUUCACUGGGUUGGGUGUCGCUGCACGGCCUGCUCACCUCAGCCAGAUGGGCGGCUUCGGGAGGAAAGGCGACAGGGAACGGACAGGGAGGCAGGGGAUGGCAGGACGAGCUAGCGGUGCACGCUGCAAUGUGCAUGGUGCCAUGGUGGUAAUGGGUGGUGGAGGUGGAGGGAGAGGAGCACAGGAGCACAGGAUGAAGGCUGCAACGGAGGAGGGGAACAGACGAUGGGGGUGA